CAUUGGCCCGGAUUUUAGGUGGCGCCUCCCCGACAGGUAAAAUACUCCGCAAACUAUCUCCGUUAUCACAGUCAGUCGAAAUACCAGUUUAUUCAAAAUUCGAGACGCAGCCGGUCGCGAAAUACCCGGUCUAAGGAAUAUCGUUUUAAACGGAAGCUGUCGUGUGUUGUAAACUGUAAUUUGUUGUGUUUAUUUGUGUUUGUGUUUUAUACAGACUUGUCAGUUCGCGCUCUCAGCCCUGAAGGCUGAGUCGGCAAUUAGUAAUUUGUGAAUAUGGAUCCCAACAACAAUAAUAAUAAUAACAACAACAACAAUAAUUCGCAUUUAUACCGUCACCCUGGUAUACCAGAGGAUCGUCCACCAUCACCACAACCUGGACCAUCAGGGCUAUGCAACCGCCGAGCUGCCCCUGCUAAUAAUCAAAAUAACCCAGCAGGAAUUCAUCAUCCUGGAGUUCCCGAUCCGGCUGCAAUAUAUGGGUAUCCUGGAUCUCCAGGGAUUCCCGCCAUACCCGGACCUUCCGGAUACGCUAUGCCCGGACCAUCUGGCCUUCAAGGUUCGCUAGGCCACGCUGGACAUUACCCCAUGCACAGUGCCCAUCAAUCGAACCCAGGACCUUCGGGAUACUCACAUCAUCACGCUGCUGCCAGUGCUCACAUGAACCACCAAGCACCCCCUACACAUCCUUGGUACCAGGGCUUCCACCCUCAGGCUCAGAUGCCGAACCCGAAUCCGUACUGCAUGCAAGACGCAGCCGAACAUUAUAACGUGUGGCAGCAUCAUCAGGCGAUCUUCAACAACGAGUACGCGGAUCUUUUAGGCCAUAACGUCUUUCAAAUGACGCCGCCGAUGCAUCCUUACGAUCAGAACGUCAACAGGUUACCUUCGCCGUCUUUGACUCUUUCUCCAAGCGAUUCUUCCGGUCCGGAAAUGGAUAAUAUGAACUCUUCUUCGUCUACUUCUCCGCCGAGUACUAGCAGCGGCCCGCCGAGCCACUCGUGCGGUGGCCACUCGGGCGGCCAUCCAGGUUCUCAUGCUAUGUCUUGUGGCGGUGCUCAUUCCAGGAACGGAAGUAGGCCGAGUGCGGCUAGAAGCCCUUACGAAUGGAUCAGGAAGUCGUCUUAUCAGUCUAUGCCGAAUCCAGAGAAUAGUCCAGUGUCAGAUUACGUGCUACUAGAAAACUCUGGAGCACAGGAGACAAACGGCAAGACCAGAACUAAGGAUAAAUACAGGAUAGUGUACACAGACAACCAAAGGAUCGAGUUAGAGAAGGAAUUCGCCUUUAUGAACAAAUAUAUAACGAUAAGAAGGAAGGCCGAACUGGCCAGUACCUUGGGUCUAUCUGAGCGUCAAAUAAAAAUAUGGUUUCAAAAUAGACGAGCAAAGGAGAGGAAGCAGCUGAAGAAAAGACAGGAAGAGAGAAAUGCGAUGCUGGCAAGACAACAAGCUCGAAACUUCGCUAAUAUUCCAGGAUUUUUGCAGUCCCUAGAAAACAAUCCGUUGGUAAAUCGCGUUUCUUCUGUUCCCGUACAGUCACAGCACCCGAAUCAGGAUAAUCAGACACAGCCAGUGAAUGUUACUGCCAGCGGGGGUCUCUUAACACCUCCCAGCGGCAGCCAAGAUGUCAUGCCACCGCCUAACUACAAUAAUCCACCACCACCACAUAUGUCACAUCUCAAAGAAGACCCUGAUGAACAUCAGCGAUGAUUUCAAGUUUUUCAACAUUUUCCUGCACGAUAUCCCAGUGGCAUCAACAGUUUCAACGAGGAACUUUCUAUAAGGUGUUGAACUUUUAUAUGUGUACCAGUGCAAUCACUCUCACAGUGCAAUUCAAAUGAUUUAUUAAUGUUUCUUGUUUUACAGUAUUAACACGUUUUCUCUCUAUUCCAUUUUAAAUUUGUUUUUGUCGAUGCAUGUAAUACGUGUUUUCAAAGAAGUUAUGGUGAAAACUUGAGCGGUCGAUGUUGUGACUAUCCGAAAAACCUAUCAGUGAAAAAGACAGAAAUUAAUGAACAUUUUUGUUUGAGGUUCUAUCCAAAACAUCUUCUAAUUUUCUCAAUCUGUGAAACUAUCUCAAGGUAUUCACUUUUGACAGUAGGUACUUGGAUACUAUUUCCAGACAAGAAAAGUUUGGCAUCAUAGGAUAGAGCUUGUAUUACGUCACCACCUUUUUCUGGGAUUCAUAUCGGAAAAGCUCAUUGUACCUUGAAAUUUCUAUCGCGGAUUCAUUCGGUCUAUCUAGAGACAGGCAUGAAAUGAAUUCUGGCCUUUCAAAGAUUACAACUGAAAGAUUUUCAAUCCAUCUAUUUUCAUGACAUGAUUUUUAUAGAUUUUAUUCAUUUUGUCCAAUACGUUUACGAAUUCUUUUCAAGCUUAAAAGUUUUUAUCCUUCAUUCUUUCACCUACAUUUAUUUUGCUGAAUAUUAUUCAAAUUUACUGAACUAUUACAUUUAAUUCUUCCUUCGUUGAAACUUUAUUCUUUUGUAUCGGAUGAACUUGCUUCAAUUUUUGACUUUAGACUUACCUAGUGAAAGAAAUCAGAUCUUUGUAAACCUACAAAUAGAAUAUUGACAUCAUAGAAUUUUUUCUAUUCAGAAAGCUUCUUUCUAGGUUAAAAGAAAACUAGACAAUAGGGAUAAUUGACAAACUUUUCAGGUCUAAAAUGGUUAUCCACUGUUUCAACUACUAAAAAAUUGAAUGCAUCGGCCGGGAAUCGAACCCGGGUCGCCCGCGUGGCAGGCGAGCAUUCUACCACUGAACCACCGAUGCUUCUGUACAUAUAAUUUAUCACUAAUUUAUUCCAGUUGUAGAGGCUCGCAAGGCUAUGUUUUCCAGAUUUAAUAUUUUUUAAUUUUUCAGUACUUCUCACCAUCAAUUUCCUCCUUUGAUUAAGUAAUAAUUAAUAACCUUACCACAUUAUUUUUAACUUCAUUUUCAUAUAAAAUUCAAUCACAAUAUUAAUAUUUUCCACUCAUUAAUUUCUGUCAAUUUCAAAAUGAUCUGGUGCAAUAUUAAAUUUUUUCGGUUCGUUACCUGUGUAAAAAUCACCAACAAUAGUCUUCUUUGAAACAACGUAAUGAGACAAAUGAAAUAAUUCAAAAUUCUGUGAAAUGUAAAUACUUAGAAGUUUUGUAAAUAACAUUAAUAUAUCUUAUAUUUUUGUCAUUAUUUAUAUUCGCGUAUCCAGUGAUUGGAGUAAUCAUUUAAAUGAUUACCUCCAUAUGUUCACAUCCGCUUACUUACCCAGUGAUAUCUUAGUUAUACCUUAUAGCGCAUAGAAAUAUUACAAGAAAAAAGUAAUAAUGCGAUGCGGAUGUGAAUAUAAAUAUAAAAUAAGUUUUUCUACUUUAGGCUGUUGCAAUUUUGGGUCUCAGCAUAGGGUGAGCACGAAUAGAAAAUGACAUCUUAGAAUCUACAAUCUCAUGAAUAUGAAGUUUUUUAUUGUAAAGCUAAAGCCUAAAGAUUAGGUAUUACAGCAAAUUUUGUGUAGUGUAUUUUUUAAUGAUUAUAUAAUAUUUGUAGGAAUGCUGUGACCCUCAUGUCGGGUUUCACAAAAGUCAUUCAGUCAAAUGCCAAAUUUGAUCACAUAGGUUGGAGUUGAAGAGAAUCAAAUUGACCAACCCAGAACCAUGUAAAAUUUUUGAUUCAGUAAUCUAUAUUUUGGGAAACCCUCCAUUAAUUCUUAUGUAUUUCAUUAUGAUUUUUAAUUUGAUUUUAUAAUAAGAUAUCGAUUGUAAAAAAUUUGUAGAUACAAUAUUUUGAUGGAUUAAUAAAUGCAGUAUUCCACUUGA